AUGUCCUCCCGCUUCGUGUCGGGCGGCGCAAUUGACGCCGCCACCGGCGAUGCCGUCGACCUGGCCCAGGUGAAGAAGCAGCAGGCGGCGUCGUCCACGACAUUGCCAUUGACGGCUGCGCCGACGCCGGCGACGCCGACGCCGGCGGCGGCCCCGACCGCGCGCCAGGCUGAGUGGGCCGCCGUCGAAAAGGAGCUCGAGGCCGAGCGCCAGCGGCGCGCCGCGGCCCGCACGGCACGGGCGUCCGGCGCCGGCCAAGACGAAAAGAGCCUCUACGAGGUGCUGCAGGCCAACAAGGCGGCCAAGCAGGCGGCCUUUGAAGAGGAGCACAGGCUCAAGCACCAGUUCCGGGCGCUCGACGAGGACGAGGUUGCGUUUCUGGACGGCAUCGAGGCGGACGCGCGCGCGGCGGCGGCCCGCGUGGCGGCCGAGACGGCGGCCGGGCUGGAUGCGUUCCGAGCGGCGCAGACCAAGAAGAGUGGGAGGGGCGACGGGACGGCGGAGGACGCAGAGGAGAAGGAAGGCGACGACAACGAUACAAUCGACAAGCUUGUGGACGACGGUGGGUGGGCCGUGAGCGGACGGAAACGGAAACGGCGCGCGGACAAGACGGACAGGGCGGGCGCAUUCCCGAACCUGAGGCGGAAAGGCAGUUCGACGGAGAAGGAGACGGCGGCGACGAAGGCGGCAGCUGGUUCUUCUGCGUCAGGCACGACACAGGACGCUCCCAAGCCCGCAGCAGCAGCACGCGCACCACCAUCAGCUGCUGCAUCAAAACCGAAGCCAGCACUUGGGCUCGUCUCCUAUGGAUCGGACGACGACGACGACGACGACGACGACGACGACAGCGACUGA